CCCUGGAAGAUGCAGCGCCCACUCGCGGCCCUCAUUGCUUUCGCCGCACUCGCCGCAGCACAGAACCCAGAAUGCAACCCACUGGGUGACAUGAGGGGGUGCAGUUCGCCGGAGCGCUGCGAGGAAGUCUUCGUAGAAGGCCCAAUCGGAGAAAAGAUAACGCGGGUCAACGCUUCCUGCCACAACAUGCUGGACGUCGCCGAGAACCGAUCCCGAGACGCGAAGAUGCAAGCGGCGAUGACGAACAAGGAGAUGUGGAAGCGCAUGGUGGAGCUGUACCCGCAGGUGUGCCGGCUGCGGCAGAACACGACGGAGAUGCAGGAGGCGGCGAGGCGAGUGCUGGACACAAAGGGCGACACUAUAGCUCCUGCUGUCGCCAGCGCCUGCCGAGAAGUCCUCGAAUUCCCUGUCGGCAACUUUGACGUGCUGGCGGAGCGAGUGCUCACGUGCUUCAGGAACUUCACGGUGGAGGUGAUGGAAUCGGCGAGGCGCCUGGAGGAGCAGCUGAUCUCGGGCAGCAUGGAGCGCAUCGAGCAGACGGCGCAGAUACUGGAGGAGUGCAUCCCGGACGUGGAGUCGUGCGAUCUGCCUGAGGAGGACGUGACGGCGAUGGUGCAGUGCGUGGCCCGCCGGGAGGCGGACAAGUCGCUGGACGAGCGCGAGAAGGAGCUGGCCGUCUUCGCCACGCACCUCGUCACCUUCGCCGGCGCCAACUACACCAUGCUGGUCCAGCGCAUGAGUCGCUGCUUCGCGUACACCGUGGACUCGUACUCAAACGCGACCGAGGCCUUUUGGGACAAUAACAGCCAGUGCACCGGAGUGCCGCGCGUCAAGGACGAGCUCUAGAGAAUCGAGUGUCGAGCGAAUGCGUGCGAGUCUUUAAAAGACUAUUCUUGGACGCGAGAGAGGGAGAGAGAAGGAAAAGUCGAAGAGAAGGGCAGGAAAUAGUUGAGUAUAUGAGUUCACGCCAGACAAAGAAUGAAUUAGAGGACAUUUUCGUGAGGAGACUUCAUGUCAUGACAGUACUCGAGUGUCACAAAGGAGAUAAACUAUUACGUUUUUUUCGUAAUA